GGGAAUCGCUGCCCAAGGAGCAGGGGGAAGUGGUUUUGUGGGGCCCCUCAGUACUAUUUAAGUUGAGCUUGAGGUCCAAAGGACAACUGGGAGGUUUCUGUUGCUUUUAUUUGUUAUAGGCUGGUUCUGUCAAGUGACAACAUGGGGGGCAAUUUCAGCAUGCAGAUCUGCUGUGGGACUUGUGGGAGAUGUAAGAAGGAAGAGGAAGCAAAUGAAGAGACCAGUGAGACCAAGCCAAUCUUGCAGACCUCGAGGGAUCCAUCAAUCAGCAUUGAGAAGCAGCCUUCUACACCAGCCCUGAAAACCUCUGACCAAGGCUCUGAAGAGGUGCAGUCACCAUGCUGGGAUCGACAGCUGUUGGCUGAUGCUGCAGAGAAGAGCAGAGAGACCUGUUCUCCUGCAGAUCCCAUGGGAGUGACUGAGGAAUGUGAGGCAGCCUGGGGCUCCGUGGAUUUCUUGGUGGCAUCUGCAGAUAGGGAGACCAAAGGAGAGGUUGCAGUCUUAACCCAAUUGCAAAGCCAGCAAGAAAGAGAGAAAGCAUGCAACACUGAAGAGAAAACAAAACCUGCUUCCCAUGCUUCUGAGGCCCAGCUGGUUAUGCAUGCAGCUCAGGAUGUGAAGCUUGUUGCAUUUAUAGGACAGCCUGAUGAACAGGCUGGGGCUGGCAGUCAGGGUGGCUCAUAUGCUGGAGGGACUCUGCAAGAAACAAAUAUUCUCAACUUCAUGGAAAUCACAGGGGAAAUGGCAGCUGGGCAAGACUGUGAGAUCAAGCCUCCCACAGAGACCGCUGAGAGUCCUGUAGGAAGGAACUUGCCACUGCAUGCUGUGCAGGAGAUGGCAAAGGAGGCUGGGCCCUGUCCUCCUGCUGAGCACACAGAGGAGAUGGACAGGGAUAGUCUUGCUGAAGGAAGCCCUCAAUCCACUGGGAGUGACAAGAUCAUGUGUCUUGUAGAGACCGAGCCUCUAUUGAGUUUCCAGGUUACACAGGAGACUAGGACAGAGGAUUCUCCAGAAGAAAUAGUAAGUGGUAUGGCUGAGAGACACUCUACUUCUGCAAUGCUUUGGGAGGCUCUGUAUCCAGGAGGGGAAUCUCCAGAGACAGAAGACCAGCUGCUUGACCUCCUGCAGCAAGACACCCAGUCAGUUGUGCUAACCGCACAGGAGAUGCGGAGCCUGAGUUCUGCAGAGUCUGAACUGAGUGAAGUCUUCUGCCAGGCAAGUGACAAAGAUCAAAUAUGCCUCAGUGAUCUGGUGGAAUGUGAGGAGAUCAAGGAAUGUGAUCCAGAAACUCUAGGAGGUGAGGCAGAGCCACAGGAGAUGAUCACACAACCAACAACUCAGCUUCCAGAGGAACCCCUGGCUUGCACCCAGAUGCCUGUAAAGGAAGAAGCUGAGUUUCUGAAUGUGGCACCCCUGCAUUCUGAAGUGUUUGAGAGUGGAGGAGAGAUUCAGGCUGAAAAUGCUCAAGCUUGAGAGACCUGGGGAUCAAAUGAAUUGGUAUCCAAUGGCAAAGAUGAUGUACCUGCCUUGAAGAACUUCAGCUAAAAGAAGCAAUUAACUCAAGCUGUUGAACGCAGGAUUCUGUGUUUUGUGUCCUGGACUAGAGAGAGUGAUUUAUCUUAACAGAUGUGUGAUGUAUACAGUAGACCUUCCCAGAUAUUCUCCUGAAUUAUAGUUCAGUCAUAGUUCUGUUCCUUUUUUUUUUUUCCAGUAGCUGAUUCUUCAGUUGAUUCUGUUCUCACACCUUACUGGGAGAAGUAAUUCACUUAAACUGUGAUUUCACUGAAGUAAUGCUGGGCACUGCAUUUCCCCCAGUGAGGUAUCGUGAUAUGAGGUUUCACCUCAGUCUUAUGAAGAGUCAGCAACAAAACAGACAAAUGUUCCUCUAAUCUAGCCCAGUCAAGUGUUUUCUGUGAGGCUAACAGCCACUUCCCUUGCUACCUCUAAACAAUCAAGUCUUUGUGAGGGAAGUAUCCAAGGAAGUAGCUCACAAUUGACUGUCACUGCCAUAUUGUCAAUAUUGAACAAAUAUUUUCACAAGAAGUCAAUGAAAUGCUAUUUCUGGUUUGUUGUUUGUACUUCUUGUGGUAAUGGAAAUGUUCAUGUGAUUCUUGAUGCAUAAAAAAUGUAGUCUUGAUCAGAAUGCAUAAGUCAGUGUAUUGUAACUUAAAUAUACUGACUUUUAAUGUUCAUAACUGUAUAGAAUAAACAUUUUAAGAUCAUGACAAAAAAGAA